AUGAAGUUCAGCACCGCCGCCGCCCUCCUCUUCGCGACUCUCGCCGUCGCCUCCCCGAUGCCGUGCGUUCCCGACGACCCGACCAGCUGCGUCGGCAUCGGCAAGCGCGAGCCGGAGCCGGCACCAGAGCCGUGUGUCCCGGACGACCCCACGAGCUGCGUCGGUGUUGGGAAGCGGGAGCCCGAGCCGGAACCGCGUGGCAUAAACGAAGCGGCCGAAAUGGAUGUCAACUACACCGACUAUGAUAUUUGA